GCAUUUUAUUAUAUUAAGUUCGUCAAUAAUAGUGGCUACUGUAAGAAAUAUUUUUGUGGAAAACCUAAUCAGAGUGUUGUAUUGUACACAGCACGGGGUUUCCCUAGAGCGAUAAGCCGACACGGCCCGUGCUCCCUUAGCCAGCCAAAUGCCUAACAUAAAGUUGCAGAGUUCGGAUGGUGAGAUUUUUGAGGUGGAUGUGGAGAUUGCAAAGCAGUCUGUUACCAUCAAAACCAUGCUUGAAGAUUUGGGUAUGGAUGAAGAUGAAGAGGAGCCUGUCCCUUUGCCGAAUGUGAAUGCGGCCAUCUUGAAAAAGGUUAUCCAGUGGUGCACGUACCACAAAGACGACCCACCUCCCCCCGAAGAUGACGAGAACAAGGAAAAGCGGACUGACGACAUCUGCUCAUGGGACGCUGAGUUUCUUAAAGUCGAUCAGGGAACACUCUUCGAACUCAUUCUGGCUGCCAAUUACCUUGACAUCAAAGGCUUGCUGGAUGUCACCUGCAAGACUGUGGCUAACAUGAUCAAAGGAAAGUCCCCGGAGGAAAUAAGAAAAACUUUCAAUAUUAAGAAUGACUUCACACCUGCAGAAGAAGAACAGGUUCGGAAAGAAAACGAAUGGUGUGAAGAAAAAUAAACAUGUGAAAGAGGCAUUUGACUUGUACAGUACGAUUAUACUAGAAAUAGAUGUACACAUGCUCAUAUUUAUUGUGAUGCGCACUGAUAAGAGUGAGUGAUUCAGGUUCCAAAGUUUAUCAUAUGGAUGCAGUGUAGUCGGGUCAGUAUCUUGUCAGGGGACAUCAAACAUUGUCGAUUGUUGUUUUGGUACCGAGAGAAAACGAUGGAGCUGGUUUUAUUUCAAGUGCAUAUGUAGGUUUAAUUUUCGUUUUAUUUUUCCUUUUCUCAUGUUGUGUGUCGUUUUGCGACACCUACUUGGUUGUUUUAAUGUCCAAGUAUUCCACAAAUUUUGUUUGUUGGCGGACUGUUUUUCUAAUACUACAUUGAUGAUAAGUUAUGAAAUGUUACGUUAAGUCUUUGCCUUUAGCUUGCUGUAUCCGAAUAAAUAGUUAUUACUCCAUGUGCGUUUCUGUAACAUUGUCGUAUGUUAGGUAUUGUGCUGGCAAAAGUUUAGCUGCAGUUGUCUCCUGAACAAAAUCUGACAACCAGGCAGUAGGUACAAUAGUAAAUUUGAGCAGUUAACUGAAGAGUGGCAUCCAACUUUAAAAAUUAUGCAUUUAUGUACAAGAUGAAGUCUAUACUACUGUAAAAUGUGCACAUUUGAGAUGUAUACAAUGCAAGAGAAAUAUGUGGAGAUUGUAGUUGAGGGUUCAAUAGUAUAUUGUAAACUGAUGGCAAGUGUGUUCAGUAUUGUCGUUGGUUAAUUACAUUGUUUUUCCGGCAUCAAAUGAAAAUAACACCCGGAAAGCUAAUGACGUCAUUAGCAAAUUGGAACAGGCCAAGUCGACUGUUCACGGGUCUACAGUUAGGUUGUAGCCUGGUGUAUUUUUUAACAAAAUGAUUCAGUUUACAAUGGACAUAACCAUAUGGAGUUUUUAGAUUUGUGGCCGUGUUAUUGUCUGUGUUAUUGUCUAUUUGAUGCCCAUAAAUAUUUCAUUUUUAACCUCAGGCUGAGGCCUUCGGUCAAAAAUGACAUUUGCAAGAUCAAAUAGACAAUAACACCUGCAAAUCUAAAAACUCCAUAUGGUUAUCUUCUAAAUGACCUUGACCUGCAUUAUUUAAUGGUAGAGCAUGUUUCAGUUGUCUAUAGGUAAACAUCACGGCCCAUAUUUUCAAAGCUGUGUUACAAAAUCGUAAGCUAUGGUGUCUGCUGUAGUGACCUAGUCUACAAUGAUUUUACAACUUCAUAGCAUUAAGAUAGCUUUGAAAAUCUUUUAUAGAUUGCAAGGUGUGUGGUCAGACUCGUCAUCAUGCCUGCAUCUUGGAACUUUGUAUGUGCAAUUUUUUUAACAUUUUAUUGAAAAUUACAGUAUUGAUUUCAGUUUUAAAAUUCACUCCACUACCAAUGUCCUGACAAAAUUUAGACACGUCGUUUAUCACUGAUGGAUUUUCCCCAAGUCUUUAGUGUGGUAUGUUAAAACACUGCUUGUAUUUAAAUGGUAGGAGAAUGGGUCAACCAUUUCGAAGUUACUCUUGGUCUACAUUUGUGCUGAGCAUAUUCAGAAAUUGGUCUAGAGGAAAGCGUUACAUCCAGAGAAGUUAUUAUGUGUGCAUAAAAGAAGAAAUAUUGUAAACUAAAGAGGCAUGAAUCCGAUUGUCUUCACAGUGAUUUGCAAGAAGGCGAUGAUUUGAAAGUCGUCUAUGUUUGAGCACCUGGUUUUUAAGACAUUGAUAAACAUAAUGGGCUAAAUUUACAGAGCCGGUUUUCGUCUCGACACCUGAUCGACUACAUACAUUUGAACACCUGUGUUUUAAGAAAAAUAGGCUUUGUAAAUUUGGCGCGUUAAGUAUUGGAGAGACAAUAAGUUGUAUACAGGUCCCAGGGCCCCGUUUCAUGAAGCGAUCUUACCACUAAGAUCACCUUAAAUGCAUACGGUAGUUAUCCACUUAAGGUGAUCUUAGAGCUAAGAUCACUUUGUGGAACGGGGCCGUGGGGCCGAAUUCACAACGGUGUCUUAGGCUCUGCUAGACAACAAAGCAUCCUCUUUGCAAGUCUUUUAGCAUUGCACUGCGAGAUCGCAAAGUUCCGAGAAUCUAGUUUACACGAUUCCAAGAAAAAUGGGCAUUUUAGCCAACAGCAACAUUUCAUAAAGGGUGUGUAACAUCAGGAAUAUGUUAUGCUCAGGGCUUCUAGAAUAUUUACAAAAUCCACUAGCCGUGGGAUCAGUGAUUUUUUUUUUAAUUUACUAGCCACGAUUAAAAAUUCACUAGCUUACUUUACUUAAUGCAAUGUUAAUAAUCUGAUAUGUUAUCUAAAGGGAGAUAGAGAUUAAAAACACUAGCUGUUUGGCAUGGUAAUAGUAGUUAUUUACUAGCCCAACAUUGAAUAUUACUAGCUGUGGGAGUGGGGCUAUUAUAAUCUAGACCCCUUGGUCAUGUCGAGUAGUAAGGAUUUUAUUUCCAAUUAUAAUUUAUAGCUUUUCAGUAUUGUAGAUUCUAUAUUGUUUGAUUUUGUUUUAAAUUUAGUAAGUUUUCUAAGUGAAAGAAUGUGUAUCUAGUUAUUUGAAAUAACAUUUGUAUUGCCCGAUAUUUCAAAUACAAUGUUAUUUUUGUCAGAAGUGAGAUGGUAUUACAUUUCCAGCAAUGAUGUCAACUUUAAAUAGUAACAUUUGCAUUUAACUCCAUUUUUCAACAAUCUCCGCAAAUUUAACUGAAUUUAAAUUUAAUUAAUUUCUUUUCUCUUUUUUUGGUUUGAAUUCUUUUUAAAUAUGCAUCAAGAUAGAACUGAAUUUUAUUUUAAUUCAUUUCUUUUUUUCUUUGGGGGGGGGGGGUGGUUCUGUUUAAAUAUGCAUUGAGAUGUACCUGUCCUCAACAUCAGUUUAUGCUAUCCAAGACAUUUAAUUGUGCGGAAUUCUUGUUUAAUAGUUUGUGCCACAUCUGGCCAAUUCCUUUCCAAGAGUUCCUUGCACAUGGUUAAGAGAUGUAUGCUGUGGUACAGUCUGCUGGAUUUUUAAUAAAACGGCAAGUUACAAACAAUGAAUGUCAGGACCUCUUGCUACUUCAAGAACAUCACAGCUUUAUUCAAUGAUAUUUAGCGUUGUUUAAAACAUUGAUUUGUGCCGACUUGUAAUUUAUACCAUACAUGAUUUCCAUUGUAACUUUCAGUCUGUAAAAUUCUAUGCCGUGUGUUAAUAAAUUAUUUUAUGUUUUA